AAGACUGAUACAUUGCUGAGAUGAGCUUCCUAUUUGUGGCUGGAUCACUCUUUCUUUUUAACACCAUUGAGUUGAGUGUUGCGGGCCAGGGCUCCACUCCGAAAAUCAAAGAAAUUGUUCUUGGAAGAUGCUACGAGUAUCAACUGAACACUAUUGGUCCAAAAGCAGAUAACUGGAAAGACUGUAAUGAGAUCUGGGAGGCCUUUCAUAAAGCCUUUGCUCACAAGAAACCGUGUGAACCAAAAUCCAGUGAUUACAAGCCGUUCUUUGAAGCAACUGGAAUGCAAGAACUUUCAAAGGUUAGAAAAACUGACAAGUGUAUUGUUGAAGAAGGGUGGAGCUUCUCUCAGAUAAUGUAUUUUAUUACAGGGGAAUAUAAAUUAAACAAACGUCAUUUCUGUCAAAUUCCUGACUGUGAUACUAUGUUUUGAGUUAGAAAUAUUUGUUUCGGAAACUUUAGAAACAAUCUAAUCAGUUCAGGGACGUUUACACUCGGUUUUUAACUGUAUACCGCAAUAAGUUACGUAUACAUUGUGAAAAUAAUAGCUUCGAAACUCAGAAAGUACGAAUAAUAUGUCAGAUUAAUGCGCAAGCAUGCAGUGUACGGAAUGGUGAACAACAAAUGACUUAAUUAUGUAAAUGCAACUGUGAAAAAAUUACAUAAUACCUAAGAGACACGACGAACUACAUAAAAAAUGAAAACCGUCCUGAUGAUAACAAGAACUUGACUGAUAAUUUAACAAUUAAUGAAUGAGGCUGAGUAUCUUAUGAAGAAUUAUGGAGAUCAAGGAGGGUGUUAUCCGUCGAGGCCGUAGGCCGAGGCGUAUAACACCCUCCGAGAUCUCCAUAAUUCUUUAUAUGAUACGAAAGAAAGAAUUCAAUAAUUGUUUUAUUCAUCUAAUUAACUCCUUAUUUCCGAAGAAGAUCAGCCUUAAAAUGUAUCCUUGCCUUUCCUUCAGAGUUUGUUCUGGUCUGGAACAUAUAAAGUUGCGCAUGUCUAUUCUGAUUCCGGUGAUCGAUAUACAACUCUAGAGGAUACCUUGGCCGGGUAAGAAUCACUUUCAGUUUACUGUUUCUUUUAUUUUAGUGUCACCUGUUUAAAAUAUAACAUUGCAGGACGGCUUGAGGAGUUUUUAGAUUGUUAACAGUCCCCUAUUUUUGCGUGCAAGAUCGUCGAGAUCGAGGGCUUGGCAUUGUUCUCUUGUCCACCUCCUCGGUACAUAUGAAACCAAGAUGGACGCUCGUACCGGUAAGCACUCGAUCCUGACGACCUUACUAAACAAUAGGGGACUGUGAGCAGUCUAAGGAGUUUUAGGGGCGCUUAUAGUUGGUUAUAACGGGAAGGCCAGACCACGAUCGAUUCGGAAAGAAGAUUUCACUACUAAAUUGGGUCUGUCCUGCCAGAUCAGUCUAUUCCUAACAGCAUAUACACUGCAGUGAUUGGUUCGAAGCCAAAACUCUCAAGGAAACCCUAUUUUAUCUUCAAUGAUCGGUCCGGAGGACCAGUCUGACUUCUUGUAAACGCAGGCCUGAGUUCAAACUUUCUUCGUUUAGUUAGCUUAAUUGGUAUAAAGCGCGGCACCGGUAUCGCAGAGGUCAAGAGUUCGAAUCCCGUACAAGCCCGAAUUUUUUUCAGGCUUUCUUUUCGCAACUGCAAAACUUGCGUAUAUAACUGCGAGAUCAUCCUUCAUUUAAUACUUGGAGAUCUAUUGAGUUCCCUCUGACUGCCUCAAGAUCAGUUGAUUUGAGAGAGUUAAUCUUAGAUGAGUCAGACCAACUCAUCCUCUAGGUUCACAAGGGGAACGUAUAAACUGGAGGAUUAGUUAAGAACUUGAGUUCUUCCUAAAAAAAGAGGCCUUUAAUUCAAUGAAAAUACUUUUCAAAACAUUUUUUAAGAUAAAAACAAUUAGAACAAUAAUAAAAUGGACAAGUGAACUCGGUCUUCCAUAUUUUUAAAUUCGUAGAGAAGGGCUUCGUUGCUAUUGUAAUUAUCAAUAUGCAAUUUACUGCUAAUUGCAGAACUGUGUUACGUUGUAGAUAGGCAAGAAUUUCGCAAUUAUUAUUAUAAAACCAAUUAUGUACGUUUUACGUCUAAAACCUCUUGCAGGUAUCUGGUGAAUGGACUGACUUGGUGUGGAAAGAAAACUGACCCCCCGUCAUCCGAUGGGAUUGACUACGAUUCCUGUCCGGAUAGGAGUGUAUGUGAUUAUACGACACCUUUCUGGGGCCUCGCGUCAGAGACGGUAAAGCAUAAUCAUGUACUUUUCUCUCAAACUUUUCUCGUAUUUUUCUCUCAAACUUUUAAAGUUAUCGUUUCCUUAACACUGUGUUUAAAAUAUGUAGUAAUAUUUAUUAAUUUGUUCUUCUGUCCCGCCGAGAUUAGCAGUUACUACCUGCGGGUCAGUGUAAUUACUUAAGUUAAAUUCUUGAAAUAAAGUUUUGUUGUUGUUGCAUGUCAUCGUACAAGUUUUAACGAGUUUUGUAUUAAGGUGGCUCGAUACAGUUUUUCAGGGUCAACACCUCCCAAGUUUGAGCAUACUUAUCAAACCCAUCUUUCUAGCAAUCGGUUGGAGCUAUCUAAAUUAUUUUUUACACACGUUUUUAAAAAGAUUGAAACUACUAUGAGGUGAAAUUGCAUGUCAAAAGCUCUUCAUUUUUUACAGAUAACGGCCAAACAACAAUAUUGUCCAUUUUUUACUGUGUUUCUAACCAUAAAAACUUCAUCCCAAAAUAUCUUGAUAACGCUCUUACAGAUUUCGCUUAAACUUCACGAACAUCGAGGCCGCUAUUUGAAGAAAAAGCUCCCGUGAACGAUUUUGGAAGAACAGUUCCUAGUGCUGAGAUAUACUGCUGCAAGUAAAAUAGGUAAUAGCGUCAUUUCGUUGCUGUGACAACUCCGAUCCCGUUGCAACCCUGAUCAUAACAAAUUUUCAUCUUUAUCUAAAACAACUGUGGUGGCAAUUUUUUCAAAACUUUGUUUAUGGCGACGUAGUUUAUGCUCAAACUUGGGAGGUAUUGUCCUUGGAAAACUGUAUCGAGCCACCUUAAAGCUGCUGUACAUGCUACAUAGACAACAUAGGCACGUUAAACGUGCAUGAGCUAUUUUAAAUGCUUCAGUGUAACUUUAAUGCUUCAGUGUAACCUUACCAAGAGUGAUGAAUCUACCUUUUUCGUUCUAAAUGUGCACUGGGUUUUUGUGCGAAAUUGGGUAUUGCCGUACGUAAAUGAAAAACGCGAGACGCUCAGCUGCGUCGGUCCUCAUCCUAUAUAUAUUCACUUUCCUCUGUCUUUCCCUGUUACAUUUGGUGCAAGUUAAACAAAUUAUUAAAGUAAAACACCAAACGUUGAUUAGAAGGAAAACUCUAAGGUUCCCUCGGAGUUUCUUAAGCCAAAAUGUGACUCAUCGAAUUCGAGUAGUUAAGAAAUACCAGGAUUCUUAUCAUUGGGGUAGAUGGCUGCAUCAUCACAAUUCACGAGGUUUUCAGGUGCGAUUCUACUCAGUGAAACAGUCCUUAACUCCGACAACUUAGUUCUUCAUGUUUUAAAAGCUAUUGCUUCUUAAAGGACAAGAGCCUUUUUUAAGGCAUUGGUUACAAAACGAAACAGGUCUUCAUACGUUCAAGUUACUAUUAUUAUUGUGAAAAGCCAAUCUGCAUGAGAUGUACAGCCACACAACUGGCACGUGAAAGUGUUGGACUUUGACACGGUAAUCUAGUAAACAGAAUUAUAAAAAUAACUCAUGAACACAAUUUGCACUGAAAGAUGUUGGCCUUUGGCCCUUGUACAAUUCGUACGUAAAAAAAACGCAAAUUGUUUACUACAAAGUUUUCUCAACGAUUUUAAGAAAUCACCGCGGCUUCAUUAAACAUCUGCAACUAAAUUAUGUUUCAUGCAACGUCAAGGUUGAUACCCUAACAUUUAUUAACUUCCAAGAAAAUUAUCAAACUGCUGAAAUAUAUUUCUGCUCAUAUCAUGUUACUCCACUCAAUAAAACAGUAUCUAAUUAUUGUGUCAACUAACUUCUUCCAAUUUUAUUCUCUAACGCUACUGUUUUUAGUCAAGUUACUUAUCUUUACUAAAUAAAAUACGUUUCAAUAAGUAUAAUGCUUAGUAUGCGGGAAGGAUGCAUCAUGUUGUUCACUUAUUACUUUUUUUUGUUUUGCCGGAACGAAAAAGGUCUGUUGAACUUUGUAAGCGAGAGAAUAAUAUUUUUAAAGCUUGUUUACAGGAUUAACAAUACUCGGUACAGCUUUAAAAAAAAUAAGCUGCCUUUCAAACUUGUAAAACCACAUUUUAUAGGCCGCAUACUUUCAAAUUAAAGUCCACAUCUAAAUAUCAAUUAUUGCUUCACUGGAAGAGCUUUGAAAAUAUAUGAUCUUUUAUACUCUACCUUGAAGCAGGUGAAACACAACUCAUAAAUACUUGCGUCAGUACCGUUCGCGAUAUCCGAAUUCGGUCAGAAAUGUCUUGAAAUAGCAUCCACGCUAAAAUAUGAACCCUUACACAGCUGCAUCACUGUACACAGCGUUGGAAUCAUGAAGAUAUCUAAUAUAAUGUUUCCAAACACCUGUGGCCGUAAUAAAAGACAAAAAAAUUGUCAAGAAUCAAGAUGGCGGUCUCAAAGUGCCCUUGUUCGACCUUUAGCAAUGUCAUGUUUAAGUAGAUGCCAAGAUCUCAUUGGUUCCUAAGCAUCAACUCAUAGUACCUUUAACCUUAUUGGCUCUUGCAAAAAACAUCCGAACAUACAAAGAUAUACAAAGCAAGAUACAAAGAUACAAAGUUACAAAGAUACAAAGUCACAAAGAUACAUACGCUCACACCACUGACAUAUGAGCUAUUUUUUCAGAAUAGCUUAACAAGCAGUUACACGCAGUGAUAUUUGAGUCAAUAGACAGCCGCGGAUCAAGUAAUUUAGUUAAUUACGUUAAUAAACUAAAUACUUAUGUUUGUUUUUUAAAGUUUGCAAGACAUGCUCGAGGAAUUGCUAGAGUACUGCUGAAUGGUUCCAGGGUCGAUUCAAAUGGAAAACCUACUCCUUACAGAAGAGACAGGUAAUCGUACCUGCGACCAAGAAAUUCUUACAAAUCAUGUAGUUGACUAAGCUGGGGCCACGGAACUAGAAGGGGAAGGCGCUGCUAGGGAAUCUUUUCCCACUUCUACGUUAGGGUGAAAAAAAAGUGAAACAAUUUGUUUCAUCUGGGUGAGUCCACCAAUUUGAUUCACCUUCCGAAAAAACCUCAUAAUUAAAAAUCACUGCGAGGCUCAAAAUUCUCAACCUUAAAAUAUUAGGUCAUAAAAUUGAAACACCCUUGGGCGUUGACAAACACCGACAAAUGACAUCGAAAAGUUCCGAAAAUUCCCUUUGGAAAGACCCACUUUUUAUAAACCUCCUCUGAAUAUAAGCCAAUCGAAAUGGCCUUAAAAUUAAAAAACCACGAGUAUGUAGAGGAAUUGGUCAGGUUUCUUUGGUCCAAACCUUUUCGCUCUCCUUCCUUUAUUUACUUUUACCAAGAGAGGGCUUAAAGGAUUAGUUACUUUUUUAUAAACAGAAUAAAAUAAACCGGAUAAUUACGUUAUCUAUUUCUAAUAAUAAUAUAAUAAGUAAUUUCGUAAUAUUAUUUUGUAGCUUCUUUGCCAAAUACGAGCUGCCAAAUCUUCAAGUGGACAAAGUUUCUGAACUCAUGAUCAUAGUGGCUCACACACGCAGUAUACCCACUGGUUGUGACACUGACUCUAUUGGAAUGCUUAAAAAAGACGCCAAAAAAAGGAACAUAAAAAAAGUAACCUGCUACGACGACCCAAAGUACGUGGUAUCUCAGCUUAAUAUUAAUCUCUAGUUCUCAAAACUAUCAUCUCACCAGGAGCCUAUAACUCGGAGCAAGCAACUUCCAUGUACUUGCGUCAAAGUGUUUUCUCUGACUGGUUUAUUUUUAGAACGGUUUUGGCGCGAACUUAUUAGAACGUCCAAUCCUUUGUAUUUUAAGUCGCACGAACCAGUCAGCACAAAAUUGGACCUUUUAUUAAAAUAUGACUUAAGUUUUCCUUUUUCAUUCGUCGCAUGUGCUCAUUCACGGAGUGGGGCUUCCAUUUUCAACCUGAAAAAGUGCUCUACAAGGUAUCUAAAAAUAUACCGGUUUGUUAAAAUUCCGUGACAUAUAGCUAGCGUGGGAUUUUCUCCCUCCGGGUUAUGUGCUCCUGUCUCAUAAGACCUGGGUCAUAGUAAGAGCUGAUAACCUAUGGGCCCCUGGUCUGUAUGGAGAAUAAAAACGGCGGUUGACGAAAUGUCAUAUGAAGUCGAAAGUCAUUAAAAUCAAUCAGCAAGCGAAGAAACCCGAUUCCUGAGUACUGGAGAAAACAGCAACUUUUUGCGGCAAAAGUGUCUAGGAGGCUUCGGGUGAUCUCCUCUUAUGAAUUUAAGGCCAUCAAAGUCAACUUGUAUCUGUCAAAUUAUUUGACCGUAAUAAAUCUUACCGUGAAGUAAGAAAACUUCGGGGUACUUCAAGCUUAUCGUGCGCGAAACGAUGAUUCAUCUCAAUAUUUACAAGGGGUCACCUUCGUCUUGCCAUUGUAAAUCUCUGCCCCCCGUACAGUUCUACCUCUCAUACGUGUAUUAUAGUAUUUUAUCUCUGACCAAGAGCCAUUAAUGUCCCUUUAUGGAUCUUGCUAUAGACCAUAAAGCGCAAGCAAAUGUCAAGCCUUAUAUCAAUAUUUUACCUUUUUGUCUUGCCAGUGACGUGCGCCAUAUUUUGUGUACGGACACUCCUUUGUCCCGUAAAUGCCUCUUUCUCCAUUCUGACCCAAGUAUGUAUCCUCGCUUGCGUUAACUAGGAGAUAUUAAAAGGUAAGAAUGAUGACGCAGCUAAAUUUCUGUGUCUGGAUGGACUUUAUCACUAGAUGAUAAAACGCUGGCAUGAGCGAAUUUAGUCUGCGUGGCAGGCGCAAAAAGGGGAGGGUGGGGGUGGGGGGAUUUGAAAAGCGCGAAAGCUGGGAAAAGGGAAGGGAGAGUACCUUUCCCUCUCCCCUCAAUCCCCUUCCCUUUUUCUCUUUCUCCCUUUCCCCUAUCCCCUUUCGACGCCUGCUACGCAGGCUAGAGUGAAUUAUGCAGCUAUCCUGGCUGGGAAAACUAAAAAAUUAAAUAAAUAGAUCAAUACACGGUGGAUUCUUUUCAUUAAAAUAAACUUCCUUUGCAGUCGAAAUCUCACCUUUUGUGAUUAUGGUUUUAUUAAGUCUGCAAACUUAGCAACUAAACAAUGCAAUUUUUAAACACACAGUGCUGGCUGUAAGCACACACACAUUUAGAUUUUAAAAAAAUAAGUACAGUGCAAGUCAUUACACCAAAAGAGGCUGCUUGGCUUUAAAGAAAAUUCUGUAAAACCUAAGAAGCUAAAGUUUAUAGCACGAGGAGCUUUUUAAAAGCUUUUAAAUUUAGUCAGGGUAAUCUCGUACCCAGACCUCUUCGGCUUCUGGGUGGAUUCAUUUGCAUCAACAAUUGGCCAUGAUCAAAACAACAGCUCUGCAGGUGCAUCACGCUUUUUAGUACAUUUCUUUGAAGUCCACUGCACGACUACGAAGUUAAUGAGUCGUUCAUGGAGGACGUAGACAUACAUCGACAAAUUUUCCUUUCUCUUUUUGAACAUUGAUAAAGUCCUUAUUCAACUUCAGGAAAAGUCACCUACAUUUGAUAAAUAGUGGGUCCAAAUAGACGCGAUAAAGUUAAUUUGAAAGGACGCAAACAAGCUUUUUGAGCGACGUUUUCGCUGCCCUCGUCGUCUUCGUAUCUAUAGCUCCCUAACUUUUGGAUUCAUCUCCAACAUUCGCGUAUAGAUGUCGUAUUUGCCUGCUGGAAUUUUUGUUUGUUUUUAAGCCUAAAAACAAUAAAAAAUUCCAGUGGGCAAAUGCGACAGAUACGCGUAUGUUGCAGAUGAAUCCACCAUAAAUUAGUCUCUCGACUAAAUGAAAUUCUUUUUAAUCUUUCAGGUGGCUUCCGUUCUCUCAGUGACGUUUGCAAGCAGAACGAUAAAUAAUCCUUUAAAUUAAGUUAAGAUUGGAUGGGUAACGUAGUAGUAACAUAACCUUGGAAAUAAAAUUAACCCG